GACGGACAGAGGCCGUCUGAUAGGAACAAGGUGGGCGGGUAGAUACGUAGGUAGACAGUAGUUACUUAGUAGGGGUUGGUGGUGGAAUAAUCUUUGUUGAGCGUUUGAACGAAAAAGAAUCAGGGAACUGCCCUUUUUGGGCAUGGCUGCUAGGACCCAUUCCAGCUCAGACAGACUCUGACUGGUGCAGGCAAUUAUUAGGCACGUAUGGCCUGGGAGGAUCUAGUCCUGGCUUUGUCUCCAGAUCGUCCCUGUCUCUGCCUCAGACAGCUUGGAGUCUCCAGCUCCCCAACUUCCUUAGUUAUCAGCAGUAAAACCAGUAAAGUAAGUAAUAAACCGUACACUUUCGUUACCAACCGUUGGCUUGGGGCCCGAAGACGCGCCAAUGAGCAGAUCCCUCGAGCAGCCCAAUCCCAUGAAGGAAGGGGGAGGGGGAGGGGGGAAGCACACACGGCUUUGGUGCAGUGCUUUUCUUCAGGUAGCUCUUACGAUGGGUCAGCGGCGCAGCGCUAUGAGCACCUUCCGACCCUCCCGACCUACAAGCACGCUCUAAUUCGCAACUUGGGGGGGUCCCCUCAGCACCCUAGACGGGUUGGCCUGGUUGCGUGGCGGCAGCGUACACCAGUCAAGUACCGACGCCGUUAUGCCGGUUGCCCCGAAAGAGCAGAGACAAAUUGGCACGUUGUUGCUGUCCAUCUCCUGUCCUAGAGCAUGUCCAGCACGAAAUCUGCAUCUGGAGUAGCAUCUA